AUGUCCCAGGCUUCCUGUGCUAUUUGUGCUCUCAUAAUUCGUGGAAACAACACAUCAUGCACUCCUUAUUCUCCAUGGUGCUUGGAUGAGCCUGUUGAGAUACUUAAAUGCAACAAAGAAUCAAAACAAACAAUCAUACCAUUUUUUUACAGAGUAAAUCCAACUGAUGUUCAAAAGCUAACAGGGAAUUUUAGGAAGGCAUUUGCUAUUGCUGUGCUUGAAGAAGUACUAGAUAAAGACAGUUCACAAAAGGUGGGCAAUUGGAAGCGUGCUUUGAUAGAAGUAAGCAACUUAGGAGGAUGGGAUUCACGGGUUACCAAGGAUGAGGCCGAAUUAGUUGAGAAAAUCGUCAAUGAUGUGUUGGAGAAAUUCAAUGAAAUGUCUAAAAGUGAUGAUUCUUAUGAUUGCAAAUUAAUUGGAAUUAAAUCACAUGUGGAAAAAAUAGAACAGUUGUUAAUUGAUGAAAAUGUUGUAGGAAUUAAUGGAAUGGGAGGCAUUGGCAAAACAACUAUUGCAAAAGAAGUAUAUCGUCGAAACAAGAAUGAAUUUGAUGGUCAUCACUUUGUCGAAGAUGUUAAGGCAAAAAAGAAAAGCCAAAUAGCAAAUGACGUGCAAAAGAAAAUCAUUCAUCAAUUAUUAAAGAAGAAACAUGUAGGCGAUUUGAGUGAUUUUAAUAGGAGAAAGCUCAAGAGUAAGAAGGUAUUGAUUGUUUUUUAUGAUGUAGAUAAUCGAGACGAUUUAAAAGAUUUAGUAAGAGAGUGUGAUUUGUACUGUGAGAGAAGUAGAAUCAUUGUAACUAGUCGAGAUUUGCAAUUACUUAAAUAUGUUUGUUCAGAGGAAGGCAUAUAUGAGGUGGAGAAAUUAACUGAUUCUCAAGGUCUGAAACUCUUUAGCUUGCAUGCCUUCGGCCAAAAUCUUCCCAAGCAAGAAUAUAAGGAGCUCUCAGAGCUGGUGGCAAACUAUUCUAGAGGCAAUCCAUUAGCUCUUAGAGUUUUGGGAUCUCACUUAUCUGAUAUGAGUAUAGAAGAAUGGGAAAGUGAAUUGGAAAAAUUGAAAGGCCAAUCUUUUCCAGAAAUUCGAAAAGUUUUACAAAUAAGUUAUGAUGGGCUAGGGAGGAAUGAAAAGAAAAUAUUUCUUGAUAUUGCAUGUUUCUUCAAAGGGCAAAAUAAAGAUGAUUGA